ACAACCUCCGACUAGCCAUACUUCAACUCUUCGUUCCGUUCCUACGAAAGCCGAAGACAGCGAAGGCAGGCAGCAAGGGGAACAGCUGGUCACUAUCAUUCGUCUGAAAGCAGUGCGACGUGAAGCGAAACGUGAUUCGACUCUGUGUUCAUGGCUGCAAUCUCCCAUAAUGCCGUGGAAGUUACAACGUAAUAGCUAGAACAGAAUAGCACGAAAUAGGUUUACUUGAAAGGAACUUGAACGAUUGAAAAUGUCGACAACAAAAAGCUUCGCAAAUACAGUAUCUCGUGAGAAAACUUCAGGUCUGCCGCCGAACAUGGUUACAUCGACUAGCCUAUCAAAGUCAACAUGAGUUGUUCAAAAGGCGCAAUUCCAACAGUUUUUGGCAUGUUCGCUAAAAUGAUAAGAAUUCAUUAACUUUGUCGUUUUCCAAUUUCAUUUAAUUCAUUAUUUCUUCGAUUACAACGGCGAUUCGAGUUUCGCGCUCCUUCUGUGUUUAUUAUCUCCUCUUUGCGGCAGCAACGGCCGCGGCAGCAGCAGCCGAGCAGACAAACAGAACCGACGGAGCUGCGCUUAAAGGCGAUACCCGUCAACCCAUUCGAUCGAGCACUGCAGCGAACAGGCUACCUUCUCUGCUGCGACAGGCCAGCACAGAACAUCUACGCGUGGAACGCAUCUGCCUAAGUUGCAGAUCGCGGCUCCGCUAUCAAUCCAACAAUCGACCGAUUUGUCGCGCUCGAAAAUCUGUUGUGACGUCAAAUUUUCGUCGACAACGAACACCGAUCGAAGAAACGCUUUCUCUAGUAGAACGCCGUCGAUUGACGUCUCGGCUGGAUUUGAAUUUUCCUCAUACGUUCGCCAGAGUCGUCGUCUUUGCUUAUCCUCCUGUUAUUACUAGCAGAGUCAAAGCGGGCGACAGAGAAGUCUUUGCGAAGGCAGCCAUUACCACAGUUUUAGAUGUGGUGGCGCUGAUGCUAAUGGUGAAAAACAACUCUGUACUCAAUCGCAUUAGAGAGAACCAGCAGCAGCAGCAGCAUCGUCACCACGAACAACAGCAAAGGUAGCAGCCGUUCCCGCAGCAGCAGCAGCAGUAGCAGCAGCAGCAGCAGCAGCAGAGCGGUGCACCGCCAGCCACUGCCGUGAAAGCGAGCACCCAUAGUUGAUCGGGAGUGUACGUAAUUGUGUUACUACGUUCGCAGUUCCCAAGGCUGCUGCAGGUACUGCUAUAAGCAGAAGAGCAAUUGGUGGUUCUGCAACUGCUACAACUGACUGCUAGAAUAGUGAGUGCGAAAACGACGAAUUUCACCAUCCGCAGGACAGGCGGAAUCGACGGCCACUGUUGAAAACGAAGACUGCGUUAGACGGUGCUAGCGGACACUACUGACUGGGUUUUCGCUGCGCAUAAGUCUCGAGGACAAAGCGUUUUCGGUGCGAAACCAAAACGUCUGGUCGGUUGCUGGAUUCGAUGUCGCUGUUUGUUGCGGGUGCCUAUGAAUGAGACAGGCGAAUGCAUUGCACAGGCGACCGUAUUUACAACGGCAACAACAAUAACGACAACGGCAGCGGUGACGUCUGUGUUGGAAUAACGCUCGUAACACCUGCGGGAUAAACGGCAUUUACUGCACGGUACGCGCGAACGCUAGUACGAAGUGGAAGACGCCGUCAGCCAACUUCAGCCGGAGUAGGAGUAGCAACAGUAGCAGGGCCCGGUCAGUCGAAGGCAACAUCUCAAAAGGUGUUGCGCUUCAAACAGCGCUUCACUUAGCAAGAAGUAGUGGAGCAGCAGCCCCGAAAACUGAAUGGGGAAUAGCAAACUACCAUUUACCGUGUGUCUGAAUGUCGUUGUCGGCCUGUGUGUGUGUGUGUGUGUGUGUGUGUGUAAGUUUGUGAUGCCCAUCUAGAACACCACGAUCACGACCGUCAGCAUCAGCACGACGACUUCUGCACCUGGACUCGAAUAGUUGGUUAGAUACAGUUAGUCUAAGUCGCUAGGGAGCCAGCGGCCUCAGUAAUAGCGGUCCCACAAUAUGAGAAGCAGAGGUGGCCGACCGGUACGUAGGCAAAACCGAGGAAAACAAUGAACGCACAUACAUUUUUGAGCGACAUAACGGACAUUAUGCUCUUAGAGCAUUGAGAAUUUUCGAGUUUAAGUGCAAAAAUUGAAUUUGUAGUCUAGUUCAACUCAAUGGGAAGUGGAUUUGGGGUUACGCUUAUUUGACGCCAAGACGCUAACUGUCAAAGAGGUGUUUCCUCAUCAGUGUUUCAAUCACGUUAUCGUCACAUCAUCAUCAUUACCAUCAAACGAUGAUGCAUAUUGUCUGCAACACCUAAACGAUGGAUGGAGCAGAAAUGAGAUUACGAUACUCAACAUUUAGUUGUUCCGUCGCCUCUUUUUGUCGUCACUUAGCGUGAAUAGCUUUUCAAAUCUUACUAAUCAAGUACGACAGGAGAGGAGUUGUGCUAGAAUGCGAAAGAUCUUCCGUUCGCAGCUUCCCUUACGCUGUGCGGGAUCGUAAACGACAACAAGACGAAGAAAAGCCAUUCAGCACCGUUACAAUCACAUACUACUUUGAGUGUGUGCGCGGGUGAAUCUACACAGAUAUUUCUUUCGUUUCAUCUCGAGUAGUCUCGCCGCGUUGGCUGUGGUGCGAGCUUGUUUGCACCACGCAAAGGAGACAGCGACUCCCAUCGUUGAUGUUCACCCGUUAGAUCGUCUUUUGGUGUCGACAGUUCCGCUACGAGGAAAGCCGUGUGCGGCAGACAGGCCAGCUGGGAUAGCGGAUUGUACCAGUGCUGACGCUGUGUUAGUGAUCGUCGUGUGUCCCUACGAGUGUGUGUAUGUGUGUGAGUGCGUGUGCGCCGUGCGGCAGAUAGUCAAGUCAGUGACGGUGUUAAAAGCAGCCACGGUUGAUCGUCUUUGUUGUAGUACGAACUGUAGCAGCGGCUGCAGCUGCAGCAGCGGCAGUAGCAGUGUUAUUGCUGGUGGUAAAUGUUAAUAGCCUGACGUCUUCGUUCAGGUUGAGGGCGGGCAGUAAACCAACAGGCGGUCAGACUGGGGCCAGUGACGUCGAAACACGACGACGACGCCGACGCCGGUGAAAGACAGCAGAGGCCGUCAAUUAAUGUAAGCCGCCAGCAUUGGAGUCGUAGCAGUGGCAGCAGCAGUACUGGCAGCAUACGAUAGCGAUAACAAAGAAACGGCGAAGACUCAAGCUAAGACAGCUAGAUCUCUCGAGACAGUAUGCAGGAUGGUGUCACUAAGCGAGCACGACGUGUUUUUGUGGUUCCGUCAACUUCCGUCGUAUCGCCGCCUAGAGACGUUAUGUCAGAUCCUGAACGUCUGCGUACCGCUUGAGGUGCGCUUCGUACAGAACUAUCUGACUAAGUUGGCGACGCGCGAACAGCUCUUUCUCAAAGAGCAUGAAGUUCGCGCAAACAAUCCCAUCGAUGUGCAGCGAUUAGCUGAACAUGGCGGAGGUCCCCUUGAUGCCCCGUCACGAUCCCGGCUGAUUGUCUCGCUUGCAUUGCUGCGCUGCGAGAGUACGCAAGUCGCAACAAUUCUUUAUAACGUUCUAACGGGUGGACUGCCUCAGGAAAAGAGUUCACUAGCGCUUGAACCAAAAUGUCUUGAGGAAUUGGUAUUGCUGUACGCUAUGUCAGCCCUACAUCCGGCGUUUACCUACACCCAGCAGAUAUCGUUGGAGAGACAGAAAUCGAGUCUCGAAAAGUUGACACCACAGUCAAAUCAACCGACACAGCCAGCCGCGAUAACCAACAUGAAUUCCAAGGGACCAGCAACAUCAGUUGGGGCCGCCGGCGGAGUAGGUGGAGCGCCGACGGUCGGAGUAGCUGGAACGACCCAACCAGUUGGCGUGGGACUUGGUGUCGGUGUUGGCUUACAGUGCCCACCUGGUCAACCCGUCUAUACGUAUCCGCUUCCCGUCAUCAGCUCGUUGAUUCCUCCGCAAUUUCAAUGGUGUCAUCCGCCACCGAAUGUCAGCGUCAACGUAAAUACCGUACAGAUGCAAUCCGUCGUACAACCUGGAGCGCCUCCGGGCUUCGCACCGAGUGGGGCUCCACCUGCACCCACGCCGCAGUCAAGCGCCAAACUCAACCAGGUGGUAGUAAAGGCCAAUAUUCCGGUGCAUCCACAAAAGGUUUCGUUGUGCGGGACGUUCGCCGACGGUCGCCAGAUGCAUGUGGUCAAAGAUUAUGCGCAGAUAGCCGAACUUCGAAACAAGCUAAGCAACUCGACGAACUCGUUGCCGUCUCUAUCGACAAUGUAUAACAAUAAUACAGAGGCUGUUCACAAAGAGAUUCGUGAGCUGUUCGAUGAGAUUUGCACUCAUUUCGCCGAUCUCGACAUUGUGAGCAACUUCUUUGAUCGGCAUCAUCCGACGACGACGCCAGGAUCCGGUGUGCCCACACACACGGCUCAGGGAGGCCACGCCGGGUGUCAGACGCAAGCAAGUGGUCCUGCUACACUACACCAUCCACUAGGACCUACUCGAUUCAUCGCUGCCCAACCUCCGCCGCUAUACACGACAAAUCAGCAUCACCAUCAUCAUCGAGCAGAUGUUAACAUUGCCGAUGGCGCUGUCUACCAGGUGCUGCGCACCAAUCAAAUGAAGAAAUACAUUCCAAAAUUUCAUGACGUGGCGUCAAUGAACGACUUUUGCGAGUUGACACCCGAUUCGCUCAAGGCUCGAAAUUUGUCAACCACAGCGAUUCAGCGCGUGCAGCGUAUCCAGGCGCUUAACCUGAAUGGAUCAACAGGAGGGGCAGAUUCUGUGACAGGCGGGAAUGGACUUGUUAGCCCCAGUGGCAACAACGGUGGCCCCCAGCAGCAGCAACACCAGCUUUGUGCCCCCUUGGCAGCAGUCAUUGCAGGGGCACAAACCGGUGGUGCCGCAAGCUCUGAAGAGGAUUCGACUCCUCCGUCAUCGUCGCCUUCGCCGCCCAGUCAUCAACCGCCAUUCAACACGCAUACUCCACCCCCGCAUUAUUACGGGACUGCAAUCGUCAUGCAACAUACGAUCGUUCAACCAGAGGGUGCCGCGUGCACAACUUAUUUGCCAACAACCUACCCUGGUUAUCAUAUCCCUACGUUUGUGGCUACCGCGCCACCCCAACAGAACGGAGUCGGUUACGUAACAUCACAAGGCGUCCAGGCAGUUACAUCAAACGGUCAACAGAUGGUGCACCAUCCGAUGUUGGUGCACACGCAACAUAGUGGGCACGCAGGACAUCAUUCAACUAGUGGCCAACACGGUGGCGGACAUGCGCCACAGCAGCUGUUGAAUGGCAGCGUCGGUGGCCAACUUCACAACGGUCAACUUCAUAGCGUCACGGUAGGAGGCCUUACGGUGGCUACGGGCCUGGCGCCUCCGCCCUCCGCUCCUCACGGGCCUCUUCUGCCGCCCACAGCGACGGCAGCAACCGUGGUCACAAAGGCGAAUGAAAAUUGCCUGCACACCACGUCCACAGCCACACAGCAGUUGCCUUCGGGGGUUGUCACGGUAACGCACGGCGGGAAGUUUUUUCCAUCUUCCCCAGUAGCGGCAGCAGCAGUACCCCCUUCCCUAAGCCCACUUUCUUCACAACCUCCUACAGCAUCGGUGGCAGCCGCCGCGGCCGCAGCUGUCGCUGCAGCAACGGAUGGCCACAGCAACCACACGCUAGUACAGCCGCAACAAACACAACAGCAGCCCCAAGCACCCCAAACUCAGCAACAACAAACAGCUCAACCGGCACAGCAGCAAUCGCAAGCACAGGCGACCCAGCCCCAACAGCAACAACAACAGACCAGCCAAGCCCAGAAACAACAAACCCAACAACUGCAGCUCCGGUCGCAGCCUCCUCAACAACAACAACAACAACAACAGCAAGUACAGGCAGCACAAGCAGCGAUAACAACACCUGCGACGAUGUGAUUCGUAGAACAACCAUUAGUAGCCGCUUGGAGCUAGCUUGUCUUGUUUUGUUUUGGCUAUAUUAUUAACACCAGUGAGAUAACUCAUUAGUGUAACUAUUAUUAUUAGAUGAGAAGAAUUAGCCACGAUAACAAUAAUUGAUUAAGCAAUAACUCGUUGAUUGACUGCUGGCAAACAGACAGAAGGCUGAUAAUUAUUAUCGAUUCCUAGUUAACACAUUAUUGUUAUUAUCAGGCCAAGUCGUUCACGCUUGUCAAAUCAUACUCGCUAUCGACAGAAUCAAGGUGUCGAUAUUAAGAAGUUAUGAUUAUUUUAUAAUUAAUAUUAUCGAACACCAAAAAUUAGGCUGAUUAGAUGACGAUAGAUAUUAUUGUCAUUAUGACCACUAAUAUUAUAAUAGUAAUAAUUAUUACUAUUAUUCUUCUUUAGACUGGUUGGCUACUCGAAGCUAAGUAGUACCUAGAUGAUCGAUCUGUAAUUUUUUCGUUACACGAAGGUUCUAUAAUAGAGAAAACAAAAAAAUAUAAAUAUGAUAACAAUAUGAAAAAUAAUGAGCAAAUUAUGGGAGCGCGCUAGAAUACUAAGAGGGAACGGGUGCUUGACACCGUCACUUAGGGUAGUUUUUACAGGGGCAAAGUUGAAGUGGGAUGAUCAAGAAGUAAUUAUUAUUAAUCACGAUAAUAAUUACGAUACUAUGAUAUACGUGACAUAGUGGACAAUAUUCAAUUCAAGAAUAUUGGUUGAUGUUUAUCGGGAUCUAGUCUUGGUAUACCUGAUGACUUCUAAUGCUAUAUAUUUGUUGAUUAAUUAUAUAUAGAAAGAAAUAUCAACGACGUACAGAAAAACAAUACGGUUAAGAAAUAGCUAGACGCUUUGUAGAUUUAUUGAACAAUGAUCGACUGAAGGAUUGUACAUAUCUCUAUACAAAUUAACUAUACAUAUUGUAGUCGGCGGCGAUAUCGCGAAUGAUGAUUAUUAUUGUUUAUGAACUGACUGAUUGAUUUUAGUGUAAAUGUGUUGUAGACGAAUGCAUAAUAGCGACAAAAAGAUUACUUUUAGUCGAAAUUGAAUUCAUAAUAAUAGUAAUAAUCAUAUUGACAACAAUCGGCGGCGGAGCUUUGGAUUUUGUUCGCUACGCGACAGAACGAACAGUUCGAUACAACGACGUUAAUGACAGCACUAGCAGACGACAAAAUAAAACUACAUCCUAUAAAAAUGAAUGUAGCAUGGGGCAGAAUAACAACCAUUUGAGCAAAAUUUGAAAUAAGUCAGUGCGCUUUCGGAGGACCUUAUAUUAGAAAACAAUAAAGCGGUCGGCGAGGACUUGGCUAGUAACCAAACAGCUUCACUGCAGAUACAGUAGCGCUGUAAAAAAAAAAAAAAAUAGAGAACUUUUCAAUCAAGUGCGAAUAGCACGAUUUUGAUUUUUGAUCAAGCUAUACAGAGUUGUUUCCUUUUUGUUUCUCCACAAACAGACGGCACGGAAACCAUAGUGAUGUUUGCCGGUUACAGGACAUGGUCCGGAGUAAGGCCACGCCAUUAUAGCUCAUUGAGUUAAUGAGAAGAGGAGGUCAGAUGGCCGUGGUUCAUGACUGAAGAGUAUCUUUGUUCCUUUUCGCUCUUUGAGUCAGUCUAGACCAUCAAUGAAUCUCGUAUUUACUGAUAUUGCUAGCUUAUAGAUGAAGCUAUAGUCAUUAGGUUAUGUGUUAGUCUCAAUGACACGCACAGUUGUGGAAACGUUUAGUAGUCAUUGGAGUGGAGUUGUUUGAGCGAAACCACAAGUCACAGAAGAUGACGGCAUAGUACGUAGACGAAUAUUGUCACUGCCAUAUGAUUGGACCGAGUCAUGGCUAACUCAAGAAACUAGCACGCCCUAAAGACUCAAUGGCUUUUUAUGACGAAUGGAAGACUGAAACAUGGCCGUGAUCGCGCACGUAGCUUGGGUCUUUUGAGGUAUGUGAAAUGACCGUUUUUGGGAUCUCGUACCAAAAGCCGAUUUCCUUGUUACAAUCGCGUCUUUUUUUAUUCACGAUGGGCCAGGAUCAUAAAGUCAUUCUAUGCAUUGUCUAUGAACAGAAUCAGCGAACAACCCUCCAGUGGUUGUGUUUAUAUCGCGUCUGUAAUCAGGUGGUUUAGCGCGUUGCCGUCGGUGUUUCGCUCAAUUAUCUGAGAUCCAAAAAAAAAAACCCUGAAUAGCCAGUCAACCACCGAUUUAAUCCAUGAGGCACCAUUCAUAAACUUGCUUUUACGGGGUCUGGCAUAACAGCCUGGAGCGCUCACACAUGCACCAUGAACUAUUAUCCUAAGUGAACCUCACCGUGAGGAAAGAAUUGUGACUCGUCAUAGUGCUAAGAGGGCGUGAAGAGCACUGCUCAAUUUGCAGCGAAUGGUUUCUUAACAGCGUAGCUCAUCAACUCUUCUGCAGACAUUUUAAUCCUUCGUGGUGUUGCGAAGCUACGGCGAAGUUUUUCCAGCGUUAUGUUACGAUGCCUGUUGUUGCUUCAAUGCUGGCCUGAGUCUCCGCAGAUCUCAUUUCCUGUGCACACCGCUAUUGUGCCGCGGCUGUCUUGCGGCUUUGAAGACCACUCUCGUCUAUCUGAUCUCCAACAGAUUGGUGGUGCUAUGAUACAGCGAAGUGUCGUGUUGUUGGCGAGUGCAGAGAAGCUCUCGUUUAAAAUACGUUUAGCAUUUGCUUUCGUCAACAUUUUACAUACAUGCGUAAUAUACUCGUUUGAGAUUAUAGCAAAUAAUAUUUUAUCGAUUCUAGAAUUGCAUAAAGUUUAUUGGGAGCAUGACACUCUCGGUAAUGGCGCGGUGUUUCGCAACCAGUCUGAGAUGUCCCAUAAGAGAAGUGAUUUACCGUUGAAAUGGACGAACAGUGUUCUGUUCAGCUUAGCCGUCUUCGUUGCAAAAAUACGUAUUCUACAAACUAAUAAAUAUAAAUAGUUGAUAAAGUGUGCAUGUCGAUGAAUUGCGAAGUCGCGAAGAAAGAAAGAUAACGUGUCUUUAUCGGGAAAAUUGCUAAUCAAAUAUCAAGACAUUUAUACGGCUUUCGGAAGUAAUGUUCGUGAUAGUUCCCAUGUAUACUUUGAGGCGACAAUUUUCGUUUUGGAUGCUGUAAGUUUUUGUUUUCUAGCUAUGUGAACUACGGUUGCUCACCAACUAUAUAUUAUUCAUCCGAAUCAUCCAAAUCCAUUACCAAAAGUUCAUCAUUUUUAUGAUUUGACCUUAUGCUUGUAUCGUAUGUUCUUAGCGAUUAUUUGCCUCUUUGUAUAUCGUGCGCAUGCUAUUCUGCUAUUAUUACGGCUUAGCGUGAUCUUUGGUCUAUCAUUUUUGACUCACCAAGUAAGCUUCGUCGAGCUUUAGUUUUAUUUACAUUCAACACCUCUACAAAUAUACCUCUUUUACUCGUUCCGACAAGAACAUAGAUGGAGCAAUGAUAACGAGAUUAUUAUACGGACCAUAACAAAAUAGUAACGGUGCUAGAAACAGUACGAAAUUCAACAACAAUAAUAAAAUGAGUAUUACUGUUGCUUUUAAUUCUAUUAUUAAUAUUAUUAUUAUAUAUUAUAUAACUUAUAUAUAAGUACAUAUAGUAAUGCUGUUGUUUCCAUAUAUAUAAUCAAAUGUGUCAAAUACAGGCGUUUCUCACAAAUGACACUAUUAGCGUUAAACCGGCUUACUCUAGGCUUAAUUUUAUCAUUAAAUAGUGUUAUAUCUGUACAUGGCGUUACACGACCGUUAAGUAUUCAAUUCAGGAGAGAUACUGCACACAGAUGCAGUAUGUGCCACCCCAACAUUACGAAUCACUCGCCGUUUUUGCGUGACUAAAACGGGUCGCUCAAAUCGCAGUGCUCAAAUCAACAACGAAAAGGCGAAGCUAGAAAACCAUCUUUUUGUUAUCUGGUCCUGUAAAAGCAAUAAUAAUAAUAACAAUAGUAAUGACAAAUCAUUAGCGGUCUCUAUUCGUUCUCAUUAAGUGCUACAUAUACACGUUGCUGACAUAAAAAGAACAUUGUCUUUUUUUUCAUUUUUAUGUGCCCUUUUGAGUAAUUCAACAGCAGUUGUAACUCGGCAGCCGGUCUUAAACAGCCCUCGUUCGAUAAUCAUUGGCGGCGUUGAUUCGCGCGUAUAUGUGAUGCUGUGGUCCUUACUGCUAACUACAAACCAUAAAACUAGUCUGUAAGUCUGCGUCUUUGAAUUUUCAUCUUUUUCUUUAUUUGCAAUAAAACUGAACCGAUUUUUUUUGUAAGCCAGUGAUAGCAUAUAAUGGUACAAAAUCCGAGCCCGCAUGAUCGUCAACAGUAAUAAAAAAAAAAACCUUAAAAAAAUGUCAGAAAUACACAAGUAUAGAGCAUGUACUAACUUUUUCGAUGUUAACUAUUACGAUGUUUCCAGCUUCGAUAAUAGAUGAAAGAUCAAAUAUAAUAUAUUAGUGCACAAUAGGCAAUAUAUUGGACUUGACAACUGUAUGACUAAUAUUCGAAUUUAUUAAUCAGCGUACAUUAACCUGGCCGCACUUGCUUGUAAUAAUGGUAUUCAACAAUAUUCACCAUGAUAGCAACGAAGAAUUCAACAUAUAAAAAAAAGAAACAAAAAUAAGGUAUGCCUGGGCAUCGAUGUUAAAUACCGAUGGACACGGGCCAACAAUUUAUUUUAUUCUUCCUCAUUGUGUUGUGCUUUGGAUAAGUUAAUGAUUAAAAAUCGAAGUUGCACACUUUACAGACGAAAUGUGGUGCUGAUGCUAAAACUGUCGUCGCAACUGUUUGAAUUUGAUUCGCUGCCAAACAUCGUCAGUUUUGGGACUCUGAAAGGAGGAAACCUUGCCGCAAUCUGAAACAUUGCUUGAUUUAUACGGAGUGAUAUCGUUUCGCUCCGGACAGGUGCGCUCUUGAAAUAAAAUUACCACACAUGUAUGUCAACCUUUUUAUGCAGAAUAAGCCUCUUAAAUGUUUGAUUCCAAACGGACACGGCCUAGCCCAAAUUGUAUUUGUCCGGUUCGGCCUAACGAACAGCACGCACGCAUGCUAAAAAAUGUUUUUCAGUAGCCCUGUAGAAAUUAUUGGACCGCUAUAAGCUAAGGCAGUUGAAAACUGCUUAUUAUAGAAAGAAUGGAGUUGACAGACCAGAAAAGCAUUAUAUAUGGGACAAACUGGAUGCGAGAUCAUAACCUAUGACCCCAGGAGAGGUCGAAAUUCAGUCAUCGUAACAAAUUCUAGUCAGAUUGGAAAGCAGCUACCAAAAGUCUUUCAGUCAAGCGCAUUACCCAGCCUGACUGGCCCUGACAUACGUACAUCCGCAUGCAUCACGUAGCUUCUAUGGUAACCUUGUCAAGGCGCACAAGGUCAGCGCAUCCAAGAUUUUUGCGUUACGAUGUCUGAUUGUUGAUAUAUUCAGUUUGUUUUUCUACUUUCUUUCGCACAUUUGCUUUCAUAUCUUUUAAAAAUAUUAAACGCAUCUAACGAUCAAACUUGGUAGAAAUAUCCUAUGUAUGGCCAUACAAAAUCGAGAGAUAAGGCCCUGGCUCAUAGUCAUUAGCCUUUAAUAUUCUACACGAAGGAAUGACUGAUCUUAGAGUAUUGUCUAGUCUCUUUUUCUAAGGUGUUACUUGUUGUGCUGACAUAAUUGAAUAUAAGACAAGGAAAUAUCCAUGAAGGUGACUAACGAGUAGAUGGGGGCAGACGUUUAUGGAAAGGACGUUGGAAACAGUAUGUAUGGAAAGAAGUUGUAUGGUUACCUUGAAGCCGCUUUGUCGUAUGUACGGCAGGGUUCGGGGCUUUUUCAAUUUGGCCCGCAGCAUCAGGCGUUGGGCAAUCGCUAAGCUGAACUCGGCUAGUGUCGUAAAGACUAAGCUAGGAUCUUAUGAUUUGAAACGUAAAUGGAUAAUAUUGAUGGGUUCAAUUCGAUAAGAACUUAAAUCACUGUUACCCUAUAUAUAUAUAUAUAUAUAUAUAUAUAUGAUGAAGCAACGAACUGCAAUACUGGAUGCAAAAAAAGAAUGCUCUGAUAUGAUUCCCGCAAUUUUUCUUGCUGUAAAAGUAAAAGUGCCCAAUAUAUUGUAUGGUUAUAGAUGUAAUGCAAUGUACCGUAAAAUUCUGUAGAUUAAUUCUGAUGAUUAUUAUAAUAAAGAGAAGCGGUGAUAUCGAUAAAAAAAUACUUCAUGAGCAUUUACUGCUCUGCGUUAAAUAUAUAUCGCGCACUCCACGACAAAAAAAAGAUCGAUUUCACGGAGAAAAAAAUCUCAAGAAAAGCGGAUACAUUUAACCGUUAACUAAUAUUUUCAGCUAAUAUAAUAUUAUGACCUUAAUUAGUAUUAUUAUUUUAAUGGUCGUUAGUGCUAUACUUAAAGCAGGCCAUGUUACUCCGAAAUAUCUGGUCAUGAGUAAAAAAAAAUAUAUGUAGUAUGAAUGUAAUAAUCGAUCAUCCGUUUGUUGAUUAGGAUAUGUAUUCUGGUGAUGCUCGUUAUAAAUAUUGGAUAAUAAUAAUGAUAACGAUAACAAGAAGCAAAAAAGGUACGGUCCUUUUUACCAACAAUUAUCUGCCGAUUAUAUAGAUAAAGUACAGCGUUGAUAAUGAUUAUAAUAGUAUCAACAAUAUCAAAAAUAUCAACAAUAUUAUAUAGCAUGUAAUGAUAAAAGUAACAGUGAUGAAGACAACAGUAACAUAUUCAUAGAUAAGCGAAACCACAUAAUGCUCUUGACUGCUUCCCAUGUCCCCUGAGCGCGCAAGCGUCAAGUGGCAGGGAAUGAUCGAUCUUACGGAAGCCUUUGAUGAAAACUGUUGUUCGUAAAGGCGCUGUUAGCGAGUGUAUGUACAUGCUAGAUAGUGGCCAGAGAAUGGUCUGGCAAAAACAAAUUCUUGUAUGUGAAUUGAAUCUUGUUUACCUGUAAACUGCUUUUGCCAGUCGGCCAGCAGCUGCACCUAUAGUAAAAGCAGUCAAAAGGAUACCGUAGCACCCAUUGUGCGUAUGUACUAUCCGCAACGACAGGAUAAAUGGCCCGCGAGACGAACCUUCAGAAGACUCUCGUCAAUGAGAUGACUGAAACAUGGUUGCUUAAUGAGAUACUGAUGAUAAAAUGGUGUGGAAACAAUAAUAGAAAUGAUGUUGACAAUACAGAUAAUUAUUAUGAUGACGACGACGACGACGACGGUUAUGACGUUGAUGGGGCUCAUGCAUCGAUGCACCCCAUCGGCAUCUAUCGUUAGGUCUCAUAUAUAUAUAUAUAUAUAUAUAUAUAUAUAUAUAUAUAUAUAUAUAUAAAUGUAUUAUAGAUCAAUAACAACCACUGAUUGCUUGGUGACUGCAUCGUUGGUAAUAGCUAUAAGUGAAUUAAUUAAAUGAGUGAAUGAUAAGCUUGCUGAGCAAAAACACUGAGUGUUUGAUUGACGAUGACCAGUCGAAUGAGAUAGCUAGUGAUUGACUAAAAACUAUACGACAGUAACACCCGAUUGACACGAAACAAUUAACGAGUAAGAAUAUCCUGUCUCGUCGGCACGUCGAAAAGACUAAUAGGCAAAAAUUAAACGAUGGUGAACAAUAAUCAUAAACAACGAUUAUAAUAACAGUAAUAAUAAUAAACAAAAGGAAAACGCUGAUUCCCUAAACAGUCAGUAAUAUUUACCGGUAACGACGGUAAUACUAUAAAAGUGAUUGUUUCAUUGAUGCGGGACAGAUUCGUGUGACAGCAAAAGACAACAGAUCGCAGAUACGACAAACAGUUAGAAAAAUAGUGGAUCUUGCACAGUUUUUGUUUCUUUUCGCGGAAGUGCGUUUUAAAGCAUACACUCUGCUACUCUAGUUCGCGGGUAAUGGCGUCGGAUAAAUGAAAAACGAACCUGUUUUAAAAAGACUGCUAAAAAAAAGUGAUGCUUGAGAUAUGUUGACAGUGACCGAGCUAUCUAUUACGACGGCUUGAUUAUUCCCAUACGAAAAGACCAA